AUGGGGAACAUGAAAACGGUCACGCUGUUUCUUUCUUUGAUCUCGUCGACUUUCACUCUGGUUGGUGCGCAAGCCCAAGAGCCUACGACUUGGUUCGAGAAAUAUGGACCUCAGCUUGACUUGAGCUACACGGGUCCUCUCUCUUUUGCUCAUCUACCCUACCGACUUUGUCUACAGGAGAAUGCGACCUUCGAUGUUGCGAUCCUCGUUUCGUAUCGACCGGGGGCUCGCUUUGGACCUAGCGCCAUUCGCUCGGGAAGUAGAAGACAGAGUGACGUUCUUGCAUAUUCGUUGUCGUGGGGGUUCAAUCCUUACACCCAAGGGUAUUCGAUUCUGGAUUGCGGUGAUGUGCCUGUCAACUCAUUCGACAAUACUCUCGCACUGGACCAGAUGGAGGUUGCGUACUCGACUUUGCUACGGAGGCCUAUUGCGAGGGAGGACACUUUGGCGGGACCGCUUAAAGGCAAGGAUGGGUUGGUUCAUCCUCGGGUUGUUAGUCUUGGAGGUGACCAUACAAUCGUCCUUCCCAUCUUGCGCUCGCUGUACAAGGUCUACGGACCUAUCACUGUCAUCCACUUCGACGCUCAUCUGCCGAUGAAACCCGGCUUACAUGCAGCACGGCAGGACACUUGGCCGACACUCCAGCUCAGCGGUAUAGACACGGAGCAAUCUCGAAUCACACAUGGAUCCUUCUUUUACGUCGCACACGAGGAAGGGUUGCUCGCCAAUAACAGUAUUCAUGGUGGCAUCAGGACACCUUUGAGUGGACCAGAAGAUCUUGCCAAUGACUCUGUGGUUGGGUUCCAAGUUAUCACUAGCGACGACAUCGAUAGCCUCGGCAUCCCUGAAAUUGUUAGGAAGAUGAGGGCUCGUGUUGGGGAUAGCCCCGUCGUGGACAUUGACGUUAUUGACCCUGGAAUGGCACCAGCAACUGGAACCCCAGAAGCCGGAGGCUGGACUACGCGAGAGUUUAAGCGCAUUCUCAGAGGUCUGAAAGGACUAAACUUCAUUGGUGCAGAUCUGGUGGAGGUUUCCCCGGCCUAUGAUCAAGGUCUGCUUUCUGCUUUUUUCAACGUUUGCAUGUCUGACCUGUUGGUAUUCUACAUUGCUUGUACUCCUGAAUCUCAAUUCCCUCGAUUGUACCCUGAGCGCGCAGAUCUAGAUCCAACUGUGCCCUGGCUCCUGGUACACUACAUGGAAUUGAACGGAUAG